GAUUUGCUAGUGGAAGCAACGUGUGUGAAAGAGCAUUGCUUUUUGCUGCGUUGUUUUUCGUACAACAAAAGUGGAGUUUAACUAAGUGCAUCAACAGAAUACGUGUGUAUAUGUGAAUGUGUGGUGGUGAUGCAUCCACAAUUUGUUAUAUUUACGGUGUUGUGUGCGAAACCUUGAUAAUUGUAAGCAAGAUCUGGAACUCUUGAAAUGCCACGUCGAUGUAGUGUGUUCGGCUGUCGGUCGAAUUAUGAUUCCGAAACAGAGAGAACGACUACAUUUUCUUUGCCAUCUGACGAGAGUCGACGUGCACUGUGGCUUCGAAAUAUCCCAACAGACUUAACCAAACUAAAACGGCCAAAUAUUUGUGUAAAACACUUUGAUGAAUCAUGUGUGAUUCGAGUGGACAUAAUUAUGGACAGAGGACAACUGAAAGAAUUUCCCAGAAUAAUCCCAAAACUCACCGAAAAUGCUGUGCCAACUAUUUUUCCAAACACUCCCUCAUACUGUUCUAAAUCAACUACAAAAGAGAGACGUCUUGCUGAUGUGGAAGACGAUAAUCUUAAAAAAGCUAUUCAAGACAGUAUUGAGUCAAACAACUUACACCUCCAACAAAAUUCACUUUCGUGUCUCAAUGAUAUUUCUGUAUUUCUAGAAGGCCAGAAAAUUUGCAGCAACAAGUGGUCUGUGAUUAGAGAUGAUGGAAAAUUGCAUAUCUGUCUUUUGGGAUUAGACAGGGGAAUACCUUGUGUUACUGCAUUCAUCACUGUUAAUAGUGAUUUGAGCUUUAGAGUAAAUGUUAGUGAAGGAAUUCAUUUUGCAAUUAAUGCAUCCAUCAAUGAUGUGAAGAAAUUAACUUCCAUAAACGUUUUAGAAAAUGUAAUGUCAAUGGUUGAGAAAGGGGAAAUUUUGCCUAGUGUUACAGAUAAAAUAAACUGUGCUGUCAAUUGCUUGCAGACUAUCCCAAAUUAUGAUGAAAAUGCACAACUGAAAUUUAUUGUAGAACAACUCCAUGUAUCACAAAUCUCAAAAAACAACAGACACUAUGGCAACACCACCAUGAUAGUGGCAUGCUGCUUGUAUGUACAUUCUGUCAGUGCAUACAAUGCCUUGAGGAAAUGUGAUUUAAUGUUUUUAGCCCACCCACGAACCCUGCAGAAACUAAUUUGUAAUUACCAGCUAGUCACUUCAUCAGUUCAAACGAGUCCUUAUUUAGAAAACAGGGUGAAAUAUUUAGAAAAACAUGAGUUGUUAGUGUCUCUGUUGAUAGAUGAGAUUUAUGUGCAACCACAACUUUCAUUUAAAUCUGGCUCAAUACAUAAGAGUAGCUUUUUUCAUCCUGAGACGUGUGCCAAAACAGCACAGGUUUUUAUGGUCUCUUCCCUUUUAUCUAAAUAUGUUGAUGUUGUAGCAAUUAUACCAGUAGCUAAUAUGACAAGCGAAGAGCUGAAAUCUUUGAUCAGUAAUGUUCUGUGCAUGGUGGAAAGAGUGGGCUUCAAAGUUGUUAGUCUGAUAGCAGAUAACAACAGUGUAAACAGGAAGGCAUAUGAACUGUUCACCCCCAGUAGAAUUCUCCAACCCAGUAUUGAACACCCUCUAGAUUCUUCCAGGAAACUUUUUUUCAUGUUUGACACUGUACACAUUCUGAAAUGUAUCAGGAACAAUUGGCAGACAAAGAGAAGUAUUAAUAAAGUGUUACAGUUUCCUGAUAUGACUGGUCAUUCAGUAAUAUUGACAGCACAGUACAAGCAUUUGGAGCUGGUAUAUGAGAAAGAAAGAAACUCUUUAGUCAAAUAUGGCCACACACUAUCAGCUAGAGUACUGUAUCCAUCGUCUAUUCAAAAACAAAAUGUGAAAUUAGCUUUGAAAAUUUUCAAUGAUAAUAACAGUAGCUUUGAAACAUGCAACAAAGGAUAUGCCUAAUGUUACUGAGCACAUAAAUCAGACAGUGACUUUCCUUCAGGUAAUUGUGAACUGGUGGAAGAUUGUGAAUGUUAGAAGUGUAUUUGAAGGACAAAGAUCCAAUGAUCCUUACAGAGAAGCCAUCAGGAAGACAACAGACAAUCAGGUGACAUUUCUAAAUAAUCUGUGUCAUUGGCUAAAAGUUUGGAGAGUAUCUGUACCAAUGAGUGGUGCUUUAACAUCACAGACAUUCCAGUCUUUAAUAUUAACAACUGAAUCUUUUCUGCAGAUAAUUCCAUACUUAUUUGAGAAAUAUGACAUUGACUACAUAUUGCUAGGAAAAUUUCAAAGUGAUGAUUUAGAGGGCCGCUUUGGAUGCUACCGACAGUUGAGUGGGGCAAAUUACUACAUUAGUUACAUCCAAGUUUUAGAAAAUGAAAGAAAAUUAAGAUUAAAAAAUGAUGUACUGUUUGCAGCUCAAAAUGAUAAUGUGCACUUGAAACACAUAAUUCCUGCCCAACAGCAGCUAGACUGUAAUAUUGACAUUAGCAUUUUUUCUGAUAUUAUGGACAUCACCUUCGGUAUGGAUGAUGUUCCACCUAACAUGUUACCAAUUUUGACAUACAUAGGAGGUUAUGCAGCUAGGAAAGCCAUUCAGAAAUCUAAGUGUGACAAAUGUACUGAAUGGUUGCAGCUGAACAAAGAAGUUGAGGUAGAUUCUUCUUACAACUUCGUGAAGGAACUGGACAGGGGUAAACUGACUUUGCCUACAGAGACAGUAGUGAUCACAGUUGGAAUAGUGUGGCAUACAGUCUCUCUACUUGUGAAUGACUUUCUUCAGCAAUUUAUGUCGUGUGGUAAACAGCUUUCCAUUUCUCAGAAGAUAUGCAUGUCAAAAGUUGUGAAAGCAGUGGAUAAUGCUGAAUGUAUGUGUUUGCUUCACAACACAUUGUUAAGCAAACUGCAAUAUGUAUCACUCUGUGCCAACAGGAUACUCAUUAACAAUUUUGAGAAAAUGUAUAAUGAUAAGGCAAGUAAGUCCAAAGUAGAUUCAAGGAAAGUGAAGAAGCUUAGGACUGACACAUAAGUUCGAAGCCCUCUACACAGAUACCAUUUCUUUUUUUGUACUUCCUCAUGUUAUCAAGUUUCACAGAUAUCUCACUGUUCUUAUUGUACAAUUUUAUUUCAUUAUGUAUCACACUAUUUUUGAUUUUUACUUUGUUUUUCCUGUGGAGGUGUAAAUAGUGACCAGAUGUGGUUCCAUGCUUGUGAAAGCAACUGUUGGUUGGGUACUGGUCAAUAUUUUUCUUUAUGUAUCUCACUGUUUGAAAAUUGUAUUCACAUGGAACUGUCAGGAUAUCCAAGUUUUUAAACAGCACUCUCCAGUGAGCUCUCCAGUUACUGUUUAAUAUAAUAUGUAUAACCCUUUGUUUUAGUUGCAAGUGUUUCUAUAUUCUGCCCAUUUACCUCCUAGAAGGUUCAGUUUUGUGAUGAAAAUUUCCAUAUCACUGCUAGUAGAACGAUGUAUAUAUAAUAUGUUUAGGCUUUGGAACAUAUUUGUGUCCCAUAUAUUUAUGGCUGAUAUUUCUAUAUGUUUUUCUCCACUUAAUGAAAUAAUAUCAUUCUGGUCUUCAUACAUAAUGCCUUCCUUAACAUACAUGCAUUACCCACCAUCCCACAUAAAGGUUCAGCUAUACUGAAAUGCUAGAUUAUAAGAGUUUAAGCCAUUAAGACUUAUUUAAGGUGUGCUACAUCAAUCUUCUGUGAUGCAAACGAGGGAGUUGUCUGUAGUCUGUAGUUCCACUUGUAGUUGCUGGACUUUAUUUCUCAUGGACAGAAUAUUUUGAUGGAGGAUUAAGAAACCUUACCUUGAAGGUUUCUCUCUCUUUUUGUCCUUGACUAAAAAUCCUUUGGAUGAAGAGCAGGCAUGAUUUUCUGUUUCCACACAGUACUACAGUAUGUUGCUUCUAUUGGCUUCUCAUCCUUCAAAAGUGCUGUUGAUGUUGUUACUGCUGCUGAUGGUGAUGCUGCAGCUUCUGAUGUUGAUGAGGAUGAUGUUUUCAGUAACUUACAGAUAAUGCCAUGGAAACACCAUGGAUUGUCAGGAAUUUUAUUUCCUCUGUGAAGUAUGUUUAUUUUUUUUCUUUUGUCAUACUUGCAUCUCCACCCUCCCAUUCAGUUCAUUUCACAUAGUAGGAAAUAGAAUGUAACAGAUUCAAUUCCUCCUGUUAGAUUACUUGUGUCUAUUCAUGCUUUACUGAUAAUGAAAAGUGUAACAGGGCACACUAGCAGCCCACUUGAUUGCUUGAGCUUUCAUUUCUUUAUUUUUGUUCAGACUGCAAACAUUACACAGA